AUGGCAAGCAAUGGCACUCAACGAGCAUUUAACGACGACCCAUCCGUUCUCUACAUAUCUCUUCAUCGAUACGAACAAGGCACAUUCUAUCCUUGCGGUCCUUUUGGAUCAUUAACGUCGUGUGGAGAAGGUCCUGGUACCGGAUUUUCAGUAAAUGUACCUUGGCCAUGCGCAGGCAUGGGAGAUGCGGAAUAUAUAUAUGCCUUCCAAAAAGUGAUUCUGCCAAUCGCCACCGAGUUUGCCCCCGAAUUAGUUAUCAGUAAGUUACAGUCAGCGUUUUUAUAUGGUCCAGCUAUUGAUGUACGUCGAAUUUCCUUGUCAGUUUCGGCAGGUUUUGAUGCAGCAGCCGGAGACGAACUUGGUGAAUGCUUGGUUUCUCCUGCUGGUUAUGCACAUAUGACACACAUGCUUGCUGGGCUAGCCGGUGGGCGCAUGGUUGUCGCCCUUGAGGGUGGAUACAACCUAGAUUCAAUAUCGCAGUCGGCUCUUGCUGUGACAAAGGUUCUUCUUGGGGAACCACCAGAUGAACUUCCACCUCUGAAAGCAAACGAAGAAGGGACGGAAACUGUCUGGUUAGUAGCACGAGAACAGAGCAAAUACUGGAAGAGUGUUGAUCCAAAAGCCUGUGAACCUCAAGCAGAUGUGGAACCAAUAAGCUUCUCGGUACCUGAAAUAUUAAAAGCUCAUAGACAACACUAUCUCUACACCAAGCACGACAUGAUGCAGGUUCCAAUGAUGACCCCAGAACUAGAAGAAAAAUUUUCCUCGCAAAUUAUGUGCACGUCGGACAUUUUUGAAAGCAAGACUCUUGUUAUCUUUGUCCAUGAAUUUGGAAAUCUCCGUCUAGAAUUGGAAUCGUCUACCACCUGCGAUGUUCAUUUAGAACGAUCAUAUCUUAUUGACUUCUCCAAAGAACUUGUUGGUUGGGUGAAAAGCGAAGGUUAUUCUUUAUUAGAUGCAAAUUUAUACCCGAAACCCUCUACUACCCCUACCCCUAAUUUGCGGCACAAAACUAUGGAAGAGGUUGGAAGGGAUGUGUUGGUAUAUUUGUGGGAUAAUUAUGUCCAACUUUCGGGUGCGGAACGGGUAAUACUAAUUGGACAUGGACCUGGUUGUAAGCCUUUGGUGGAUCUACUCAAUCGCAGAACAACGAGCGUGACAAAAUCCGCGAAGGCAAUUAUUCAAGUAGUUGGAUCUCAGAGGAUGCCUUCUUAUCCUUCAGACGUGGAUGACGCGCGCCCUUGGUAUCAAAAGUCAUCUCUCGUCAUUGUUCCGCAAAGCCAUCCAGUCAUGGGCCCACAUAUAAAACCUAAGGAUAUUCGACGUCAUGGCGUAAUGGUUCCCAUUGAUGAGACACGGCAAAUUAAGCUCAUUACACGAGCAUUGCCAGCUAUUAAACAAUUUGUACAAGAGACAUUGAGCAGCUUUCCUUUAGCCAAUCGGACCAACCGGCCAUAG